AUGGAAGUCGCCAAACUGAAGGAAGUAAAAAGGGAAGCGAGCACAGGGAGGAGGAUGAUAAUAUCUCCCGCCGAAGUAGAGGAAGAAGAAAUAGGAAGUAUGCCCGUACGUGUAAGAACCCAAUCGAAGGGGAAACAAACUUUUACCAAGAGGGAGGACGACACAGACGUGUCACAUGGUAAGAGUAGUAACAUGAAAAAACUGUUUAACGGAAUUAUAGGAAGCCAAAUGAAGCAUGCAAAGAGUGUUAUCGAAGGAGUGAAGGAACACCUAAGGUGCACAGCAAAGGAAGCAUCCAAAAAUAUGAACUACCCCUUCUGUAAGUCUCCUUGUAACAUUGAGGACCUUAAAAACACCAUCUACAUAAACGAAGGGGAAAUCAUCAUUAGGAAAAACGCGUAUAAAAAUUUAUUCAGUAGUAGGAGCAGGGGUGAAAACAGGGAGGAAGACACACCUGACUUGAAAAAGAACCCAAAUGAAGACAUUUUUUCUUGCAACAAUAGAGACAUAACUUUUAGGGGGACGCACAACUUUGGCUUCCACGUCGAGCUCUCCUGUCAAAACGAAAAAAAUAAAAUUAUCGCCUAUGCGUACGAUACGGAUAGUAGGAAAAGGAUUCCUUGUGUUUACCGGUGGACACGCAUCUACUGUGAUAAGAGGUGUAACAUGGUUAGUCGCAGUUUUGCCGACUCGGGUGUCGCUGCAAAUGGUAGCAGCGUUGAAACGGUUGACACGGUUGGCACGGUUGGUGGUUCUCCAGAUGGGGGAAGCCCCCCUGAGGUAGCCCAAUAUGGCAGCGAGUACGAGUUAACCUGUGAUGACAUAGGACUCAAAAUUUGCGUUGAGUGUUCCUACGUUAAUGGUGGACAGGUGAAGGAAGGCACCCGGUGUAGGUAUCCUCAGAACAACGCGUGCACGUCGGUAGGAAGUUGGCACGAAAGCGAUGGGAGUGUCGAUAGUAAAUUUGCUGACCAGUCACGUUGCAGUGACGUUCAGCUGUAUAACGACGUUUCCUCGUUUAAGAAUAGCUUCACGGAUAGUAAUGACAGAGAUGGAUCAGGCAUGCAUUCACAUGACAUAAGUGCGUUCCGACGUGGAGAUCGAAGCAGUGGUCCGUCCCGCUCGUCCAGUCGAGUCCCUCCCGCGACCACCAACCAUUAUACGAGUAGGAUAAGCGAAAGAGGAGACCUCCACAUGAUGAAGAAAGAGCCCUUCACUUUGGAUCCAUACGAAUCAUCCCUGAAGGAAAAAGAUUUCAUCUGUGCGCCCCCCAAAACGAGUGACCACCAUCCGUCGAAUAGCUUUCCCCCCAAUGGGAAAUACUCAGGAGUGGCAGUGGCCGAAGUGGGACCAUUCAGUCUGAACGAAAAAACGAAAAAGAUGCUCCAAACGGUUAUCCAGAAUGAUAUUAUAAGGUAUCCAAUAUAUGUUCUCCGGAAGAGCAUCAAAGUGGAUGAUAAUGUUGCGAAUCCUUACGAAAGAGACCCAAAUAAUUUCCUCCCUACAAGUGCAAAGCAGAGAGUAAAACAUUUCGACGCGUAUAACGACUGCACCAGUGUAGAUGAACACAGCCUCAGCUCAAACGUGGACAGUGAACAGGACGACCACCUAUACAUGCUUCACAUUCACAAAAAUGAGAUAAAACUUGUAAGUCAAAAUAACGUUACAACACACAUGUGGAAUUACAAAUUUAGUGAUGUCUAUCCUUAUGUGGAGUUUUUACGCCGUGCGAAUAGCUGCAACGAGGAGUUUUUUCUCCACACCAGCGAUGAGGAAUACUAUGUCUGUAAAUGCCUGCACAAAAGGCACCGAGAUUUAAUUGCCAUAAUACUAAGGUACAUGCACGCAAAUUUGCACAUACUCAACGAUUACAUUUUUAACAACAUAAACGAAAGGUUUGAAAAUAAAAGAGCCAAAAAUAUUUUUGACAACGUGGAUGUAAACUCCAUCCUGGAAAAUGUGAACAGAGAGCUCCUCACGCAUCGAAAACUCAACCACAAGUUGGUGCAGAAGAUUAAGAAGCUACGUGGAGAGAAAAAUAUACUCGAGGAGGACCUUAAGAAUACUAUUGAGGCGUUCCAGGCUCAGCUUGACACCGUGAAGCGGUUCAAAGAUGAAAACGAACUAAUCAAAACGAAUGAACACCUGAUGAAGGAAAUAAAGCUAUUACAGGAUAAGUACAAAAAUGUGGACUUGUUUUUUAAGAAUAAGUACAAGCUCCUACUGAACGACAUCGAACGGUAUAAAAAGUUGAUCGACGAGAGAAAGACAAAGGCCAUCUCCCACGAAGCAGAAACGCUAAGGGUCAAAUUGGAAGCCGUGGAGCAGGAAAAGAACGAGCUGCGAAGAGAGACCAUUAAAAUGAAUAGCUAUUACGAGGAAGAGAAAAGAAGCAAAACGGAGCUGCAAAAUCGGUUGGAGGAUCUGCGUUUGAAGAUGGAAAGUCUGAACAAGUCCCUGGAGGAAGAAAAAAGCAAAGGAAAAAGCGCCUCCGGAUGCAUGAAGGAAAUAGAAGAACUGAGAAAAAACAACCUAAUUCUACAACAGAAAAAUAUAGCUAUAUCGGAUCAGGUGAACCUCCUCGUCACGGAAAAAAACAGACUCUCCAAGAUGGUUGACUCGCUCACCAAGGACAUUGAGAAGGCCAAAACGAACGGAGGUCUUCGAAGCGCGGACAGUCAGAAGAAAGGCCCUAAGCCCCUCCCCAGUGAUGCCCCCAACCAAAGCACGAGCUCCCCCAGCGAGGAAGACAACCACCAGAAGCUACUAAAAGAAGUCGCAUCCCUACGAGGAGAAAACGAGCUUUUAAAAAAAAGAAUUAAAAAGUUUGCCAAAUUUAAUUCCAUGGCUUGA